AUGGAGGAAAAAAAUAGAGACAACGAAGAAAGAAGAGACAGUGAACGGUUGACAGUACGACAAAAUAGAAGUAGUUAUAAUCGUCGACCAUUGUCAAAUCGUACGAGUGACAAUUAUCAAAUCAAUAAAAAUAAUCGACGUAGUGUAACUGUAUCAGUAAUUGAUGAUGAACCUCGUUCUCGACCAAUUAGUCGUCGUUCUCAACUAACUCCACAAUCUAUGAAAUUAUCAACAUCAGUACAACAUAUUUCUAAUCCUUCGUUUGUUGAUCAACAACAACCACCACCACAACAACAACAAAAUCAUCAUUAUCAACAACAACAACAACAACAACCAUUAAAUGAUGAAGAGACAUCAACAUAUUCAUUUCGACAUGUGACAAAAAAAUUACAACAUGCUAAAUCACAUGGUGAAUUAUAUCAACCACAAGUUCCCUUACCACUUCCUCCAAUGAUGAAAAUAAAUAAUGAUGAAAAUGAAAUAAAAUAUCGAUUAAAAUAUUCAUCUGAAUCACCUCAAACAACAUCAUCAUCAUCAACACGAGCUCGUUCUGUAACAACAACAGUUGUACCAAUUAUAACACGUCCUAUAAUAAAUUCAUCAGAUGAAAUAUUUCAUUCAUCUUCAUCAAAUAAAAUUCCUUUAUGGAAACGUUUUAAACAAAUAAUUGCACCAACAAAAAAACCUAAAGAAUAUCGAAAUUCUUCAUUAAAAAUUCCUAAUUUACAACUUAAUGAUUUAUCAACAAAUGAUAGAAAUCGAACAGUUCCUGAUAGUCCUAUUAGUAAUAGCAAUCAUCAUCUUCUAAGUAAUCCAAUAAAACUAAAUGAAUUACGAUCAUGGCUUAUUUCAAAAUCAUUUCCUGAACAACGUAUCCGAGAUGAAUAUGAAAGAUUACCUACAGAAUCACUUCAUCCUAAAACAUUAGCAUUUCGUCCUGAAAAUAAAUCAAAAAAUCGUUUCAAUGCUAUUGAACCAUAUGAUCAUUCUCGAGUUGUACUUAGACCUUUAACGAGUGAUCCAUCAAGUGACUAUAUCAAUGCAUCUUAUAUAGAUGGAUAUCGUGCAAGCAAAUUAUAUAUAGCUGCUCAAGCACCUACUGAAACAACCUUACAUGAUUUUAUUCGUAUGAUUUGGCAAUUACGUAUUCAAUCAAUUGUUAUAGUUACACGUUUAUUUGAAGAUGGAAAACAUAAAUGUAUUCAAUAUUGGCCAGAUGAAGGUGAAAAACGUGUGAAUGAUUUUAGAAUUCGUAUUGAUAAUGAAGAAAAAUAUGCUGAUUAUACAAUACGUAAAUUUAUGAUAAUCAAUCAAUCAGAGUCCGCAGAUCCAUUAAUAGUUAAACAGUAUCAUUUUUUAUCAUGGCCAGAUCAUGGUUGUUUAUCUUUAUCUACACCAUUGCUCGAUUUUCGACAACGUUUUCGUGCUGAUUAUAAAUCAUUAAGUCCAAUACUUGUUCAUUGCAGUGCGGGUGUUGGUCGAUCAGGUACAUUUAUUGCUUUAGAUGCUUUAUUAGAACAAGCUGAACAUGAAGAUACUAUUGAUAUACUUGACUUUACCCAUCGAAUGAGACAAAAUCGAGUAUAUAUGAUUCAAACAAUUGAUCAAUAUGUAUUUCUAUAUCGAACAUUAAUUGAAGGAAUUUUAACUAUGGAUAUAAGUAUAUCAUUAGACGAAUAUAUGACAACGAAAAAAUUUCAUAUGGAUCCAAGAAAUCAAUACAAACUUUUAGAACAAUUACAAUCAAAUAUUGAAUAUUCUUAUCGAGGAGCACUCGAACCAGCUAAUAUAAGUAAAAAUCGUGUUGAAACUAUUCUUGCUUCUGAUAAUAGUCGACCAUAUUUAAUGACACAGGUCGAUAAAACAACUGAUUAUAUCAAUGCUGUAUUUGUUAAUUCUUAUCGUCAAACUCCGAAUUAUAUUGUUACACAGUAUCCAUUGUCUCAUACAUGCAUUGAUUUUUGGCGUCUAGUUUAUGAUCAUAAUGUAUCGAUUAUAAUGUUAUUAGAAUCUAUACCUCGUGAUUCGAAAACUAUUUAUUAUUGGUCAACAAAUCCUGGCCAAGCAAUACUUUUUGGACCAUUUGAAAUUAUGCUUACAUCACAAAAAGAAGACGAUCAACUUAUUGAAAGAGUUUUUGAAUUAAAAUGUGUAAACAAAAGUGUAUUUACAAAUGAUCGAAUAAGAACAAUACGUCAAUUUCAAGUGAAAGAUAAUUCACAUUUAUUAUUUAUUGUAAAACGUUUUUUAAAAGAAAUGCGUACUUAUAAUGAACAAAAUGUUAUUUUGCAAUGUUUAAAUGGUGCAACAUGGUCAGGAUAUUUUGCUGCUUUAUGUAAUUCUAUUGAUAAAAUGCAAACUGAACAAAUCAUUGAUCCAUUUAAAGUUGUUCGUCUACUUCGUGCAAUUCGACCACAAUUUAUUGAUCAAGAGCAAUAUGAAAAUUUAUUUUUAUCAAUGCGUGAUUAUGUACAACAAUAUUUGACUACAACAUCAUCACCACAUACUACAAAAACUUCAUUUUUUCCCAAUACAUCCGAUCAAGAUCAAAUGUCUACAACUAAUAGAGUUAUACAACGAUUAUAG